AUGCGCGUGCCAGCCCAGGCUACUAUAGCCGUUCUGGCCUCAGCCGUGUCUUCUCCCCUCAAUGACCCGCAGAUCUAUGAUCUGGAUGAUCCCUACCACGAUCUAAACGACUUUAAUCUUCGCUGGAUCGCCGAUGCGAACUGGACUUAUACCAGCGACCCCAUCCGAGGAUUGGGAAACAACACACACUCAACAUGGCUAGUAUUUGAAGGACUAGACACAUUCGCAACGAUCAAAUACUGUGACAAGCAGAUCGCUUCGACCAACAAUCAAUUCCGCCAAUAUGCAUUCGAUAUAUCUGAAGCUGUCAAAGACUGCACGGCAGAUCCAGUAUUAAGCUUGAACUUUGGGAGUGCCCCAAAAAUUGUGGAUCAAAUUGCGGCAGACCCUGCAUCACCCCAAUGGCCUUUCGGGAUCCAACAAUCAUACGAGUAUCCAAACCGCUGGUUCAUGCGCAAAGAGCAGUCUGACUUUGGCUGGGACUGGGGACCUGCGUUUGCGCCCGCGGGUCCAUGGAAGCCAGCGUACCUGGUUCAACUGAGCAGCGAGCAAAAUGUCCAUGUCUUGAACACUGAUCUGGACAUCUAUCGCCAGGGUCAGAUCAACUAUCUCCCUCCAGACCAGACGCAGCCGUGGGUCCUGAAUGCAAGCAUCGAUUUCUUUGGUUCUCUACCCUCCAAUUCGUCCAUGUCAAUUGCCAUCAGCGAGACAAAUUCAGGUGCAGAGCUCACCACUCAGUCUCUGCGAAAUAUUACAAUUCUGAAUGGCUCCAUCACCGGUGUGGCGGUCCUGAAGGACGCGUCUCCUAAGCUUUGGUGGCCCUAUGGUCUCGGAGAACAGAACUUGUAUAACGUGACAAUCACCGUUAGCGACGGCGUCCGAUCUUUAGCCCGUGUGACCAAACGAACAGGAUUCCGUACCAUUUUCCUCAACCAGCGCAAUAUCACCGACACCGAAAUAGCGCAAGGAGUCGCGCCGGGUGCACACUGGAACUUCGAGGUCAAUGGGCACGAGUUCUACGCCAAAGGGUCCAAUCUUAUUCCCCCCGAUGCGUUCUGGGCGCGUGUUACGACAACCAAAAUGGCCCGAUUGUUUGACUCUGUGGUAGCUGCCAAUCAAAACAUGCUGCGCGUGUGGUCAUCUGGGGCCUAUCUCCCUGACUUCAUGUACGACCUGGCAGAUGAGAGAGGCGUCCUCCUGUGGAGCGAGUUUGAGUUCAGCGACGCAAUGUAUCCUGUUGACAAGGCGUUCCUGGAUAAUGUCGCAGCUGAAGUGGUUUACAAUGUGCGACGAGUCAAUCAUCACCCAUCUUUGGCAUUAUGGGCUGGCGGAAACGAGAUCGAGUCAUUGAUCCUUCCCACUAUCGAGAGAAGCUACCCUGACCAGUACGCCAAGUACGUUGGCGACUACGAGACACUGUACAUCAAUCUCAUCUUGCCGCUUGUCUACGAAAACACGCACUCCAUCACAUACAGUCCGAGUAGCACAACCGAAGGGUACUUGGACGUCAACCUGUCAGCCAAAAUCGUCAUGGCUGAGCGAUAUCAAAACCUUACCGAGGGCCACUACUACGGCGACACAGAUUACUACAACUACGACACGAGUGUUGCUUUCGAUUUCUCCCAAUAUCCUGUUGGCCGAUUUGCCAACGAAUUUGGCUUUCACAGCAUGCCAAGUCUCCAAUCGUGGCAGCAGGCUGUUGACCCGGAAGACCUGCAUUUCAACAGCAGUGUCAUCAUGCUCCGAAAUCAUCACUACCCUGCCGGGAAUCUCAGCACCCACAACUUCCACAACACCUCGAUGGGCAUGGGCGAGACGACUAUGGGAGUGAUGAAUUAUUAUCCUGUUCCAGACAAGACCGACCCGAUUGCGAAUUUCAGCGCGUGGUGUCACGCAACGCAGCUCUUCCAGGCCGACUUCUACAAAUCGCAGAUUCAGUUCUACCGUCGCGGGAGCGGCAUGCCCGAACGCCAGCUCGGCUCGUUGUACUGGCAGCUGGAGGAUAUAUGGCAGGCUCCGUCAUGGGCGGGAAUCGAAUACGAUGGACGCUGGAAGGUACUGCACUAUGUUGCACGAGACAUCUACCAGCCGGUCAUUGUGUCGCCUUUCUGGAACUCUACCACACGUCGUCUCGAUGUGUACGUUACGUCUGAUUUAUGGGAGCCAGUCUCGGGUACGGUUGAUCUGGCAUGGAUGGAUCUGUCCGGCAAGCCCAUCGCCCAAAAUGCCCGUACACCUAAAACAGCUGCGUUUGUCGUUGGAGCGCUCAACACUACCAAGAUAUAUUCCAUGAACAUCAACGAGCGGGCCCUGCCUGAUCCGAAGAAUUCCGUUCUGAUCUUUCCAGGCUAA